AUGGAUUAUCCUUUUGUGCAUGGACGACUGCCCUACGGAUGGCUGGACGUCCCCGUAUACUGGCCCCAGCGACUGAUCCAUAUACCUAGCAUGACUUCGAUCUCUCGAGACGAUGGCAAUAUAUACAAGUACAAGGAUAUCAUGGCAAAGGAACCAGAAUAUGGCACGCUAUCGUAUACAUGGGGCCGUUGGAGGGUCAAAGACAAGCCCGACGCCCCACCAGUGCUGCCUAUUAAAAACACUCCUUGGCAAAUCCCUGCAGUAGAAGAAGCACACUUUACCACGGAAAAUUUCCAAAAGGUUAUUCAAAACAUACACAAAAGUGGCGUCGACUGGGUUUGGAUAGACGUGGGCUGCAUUGACCAGCGCCGCGGUAGUACACAAGCAGCUGUCGAGAUAGGCCGACAGGCCAGUAUUUUCAAGCAAGCAAAGUCUACCUUUGUUUGGUUAUCUCGUCUCGAUUGUAUACAGCUCGCUCAGGCUAUCGAUGAUAUAUUGGACUAUGGCGGCCAACUCUACGAUCACAUUGACAUUGGCAUCGAGGGCGUUGAUUUUGAUAAUGUCAUGGAUAAGCUUCAAACCGUGUCCGAGUACCUCUUUUCUGAUCCGUGGUUUUCGUCUCUAUGGACUCUGCAAGAAAUUGUUCUCCGAAACGAUGCUAUUGUUCUUUCUACUGAGGGAGAGUCUGUGCCAUGGAAGGUAGCGCGCCAAGACCAGCGCACAUACAUGACGAUGUUGAUCAAUCACUGCCAGAAUGUCUACACUUCCUUGGAGAAGGCAAUUGAAAAGACAAAAACAGUUUAUUCUGAGCAAUACCCGGAGAAGACGAUGAACGCAAUUCAGCGCGUUAAGCAGCUCAUACUCCAGGUCGGAUUCUAUUAUCUGUUUAGCACCAACCCUAACGUACAGUUUGGCACAGCUCGCUACCGCACAACGAAAAGAGCUGAAGACCGCAUCUAUGGCAUCAUGCAAAUUUAUAACCUCUGCGUUGGAAGGUCAGCGAGGCCAGAAGAAAAUCCAUCCAUGGAAGAGCUGGUCAUUGAAUUCGCAGCAGCCAUCAACUAUAAUAGCGCCAUAUUGGGCCAGUUCUUCGUCCAUGUUUCGCGACCAAAGCGAGGGUAUACUUGGCGGAUUACAGAAGAGUCGACAGUUCCGAACUCGCUUAUAAUGUACCGAGAUCCAAAUGACAUGGCCACCAUCAAUGUUGAUUUAGAUGAGAAUUGCAUUGCCGCCGGUAAAUGCUGUCAGCUUCCCAUGUUGUUAUCUGCAGCUAAAGAAGCCGGAGACAUAGCACCAUCACAUGCUGUGGACGGAUGGGGCCUUAAAUUCGAAAUCCUCCUUGACAACCACAUCAAUGACGCCGCAUCAUUUAACGCAGCUAAUCAACAACACUUUAUGGAGCGGCGUAACUCUGGUACGGAAAUUGAUUUAAAGGACGUAUUGGUUUUGUGGCUGGGAAACGUUCAGGCGGAGUUCUCCUAUCGAUCUAAUACUUAUUUUCGCCGCAAUGUUGGCUUGCUCUUGAGUGUGCAGAACCACAACACCGGAGAGGGCGUGUUGCAUUACGAGCGCCUGGGUAUCGCGGUUUGGACGACAGGUGAAAAGUCAACGCCUUUUGAAGUACCCAUUAGAAGCAUUCCUUGGGAAUGGUACGACCAAUUAGUAUUGAAAUGA